AUGAGAUUCUCUCAACCAUUGUUGAGACAAACUUUAUCAACACAAUCUACUUGUACAUUUACCGCCACCAUGAAACCAUCAACAACAACAUCUACAUCCUCUUCAAAUAGUUUGCCUUCUUUGGCAUCACCAUCAUCGACAUCGAAUUCAAUGUCCACCGUUUCAAAUAGUAAUAGUAAUAAUUUAAUAAAGAAUAGUAGAAUAUUUGGAAAUAGUUUAAUCUUUUUGCAUACUGCAAUUUCAUCUGACGAUGGUGGAUUUUUAAUAACGAUACGCGACGAUUAUUAUUGA